GAGGGGAGAAAAGGGCACAGGAAUUACAGCACUGGAAAGUGGAAUACACGACCACAGAGGGGAGAAAGUCUGAAGGGUUUCUUCUUUUCUUCAAUUUCGAUGUCACUUCCUCUACGAUACGAAAAUCCACCAACACAAAGAUUGACGACACCGGCACCAAGGGAUCGAACUGCACUCGAACGAGUUGUGCGAAAGCCAGCUCCAACAUCUCACUUCAUCCAUCCCACCAAUACCACGAACACAACAAACAGCAGAUGCGAUUCUGCACUCCUCCUCAGAAAUCCCACCCACAUGCACCCUCCUGCAGGUUGCCUGCAGACCAAAACGCCAAGCUCCACUCAUCUCCCGGCACACUUCGCCACCUCCAACCUCCUCCUCCAAUUGGUUUUCCUCUCCUCCACCCCAUUGGAGGAAAGCCAAAGGGCCGUUUCGGGCGCGAAAAAUAGGGCGGGAGUUGGCGUCCCGCUAUUGGCCGGGCUGCAUCUUCGUCAACCCUCAAUGACGUCAUCCCACUUGGUGGGGCUUGGGAUGCGCUGCAACAACACAUGCUGGGGGAGGGAGAAUGGUUCCGACGGAGAAUCCCGUUCCACUGCGGGAGGGCGGACGGAUGGAUGCGUUUCAUCCAUCGACUUGUCCAGCUGGCGAUGGAUACGAGGACUGUACCUUCUCCUUUCGGUGCCUACGUCUAUUUUUAUUCGUCCACCACCAAGACAUUUAUCUUUACCCUAUUUUUACUUUUGAUGUUGUUUCGGAAGUAGGCAAGCGAGUGAGCGAUUUGAGCGAUCUUUCUUGCGUAUACCAAACCGUUCAAACCUUGCAAGAGGUGUAAAAGCAAAGGCA